AUGCAUUUUGCUGCAUGGAAUAACUUCACUAACCUAGAAACACACACAGACCUGACGCCACACGCACAAGACGAAGAAGAACAUGAUGCAACCAAAUUAUAUAUUCCUCUAGUAUCCAAAAGACUCUACAAAAUUUAUUGCAAAUUGUUUCAAAAGAAUAUUAUUUCUCCUUAUCAAUCGACUUUCUCCGCCAAUUACUGGUUACGAGACCCUGUCCACCCAAACACCGUCAAGAAAGGCAAAAACAAACAGCUUCGUAAAGUGAUAAGUGAUGCUGAUCGCUAA